AUGUGGGACUCGUUGGUCCACUACCUCUUUCUCCCCCUGCUCCCCGUCGCCUUCAUCGCCUUCAUCAUCCACCAAAUCCGGCACAUCUUCGCAAAUCGACGUGUCCCAAAGUCCGUCGCCUUCUUCCACCCCUAUUGCAACGCCGGCGGGGGUGGCGAACGAGUGCUGUGGGCGGCCGUCCGAAGCGUACGCGCUGAGCACCCGGAUUUGACGUGCUAUAUCUACUCCGGGGACACCAACGCCACCAAGGAAUCGAUUUUAUGGAAAGCACACACAUUUUUCGGCAUCGAACUCGACGGAAAGAAGCUGGAAGUGGUGUUUUUGAAGAGCCGACGCGUCGUGGAGCCCCAACUUUACCCCGUGCUCACGCUGCUGCUACAAACACUGGCCGGCGGAGUGCUAGCUUUCGAGGCGCUCUGGAAGUUGACGCCGGAGAUUAUGGUCGAUUCGAUGGGCUACCCCAUGUCUACUUUCGUUUUCAAGCUGUUCGGGGCCACGAAAACCGGAGCCUAUAUUCACUACCCGACCAUUUCCACGGAUAUGAUUGACGUGGUGGCGCGCCGGCAAGCCGCUUUCAACAACGCAAACACCAACACAGUGUUCAGCAACUUGAAGCUGGUUUAUUACUACCUGUUCGCGGCCUUCUACCGCUUCCUCGGCCUCUUCGUCGAUGUGAUUAUGGUCAACGGCACGUGGACGAAGGGCCAUAUCACCUCAAUUUGGCAUCGCCAGGACGUGGAACUUGUUUUCCCGCCCGUCAACACCGACAAGUUGCGCGCAUUGGAAAACAAUGCUGAGGAGCUGUUCAACGAUGAGAUCAACAUCGUUUCGGUCGGCCAGAUUCGUCCCGAGAAAAAUCAUCGGUUGCAAAUCGCGGCGCUGAAGCAAUUUUUGGACGGAUUGGACCGGGAGAGGUACCCUCAGAAAAUCCGGCUUUCGAUUACCGGAGGCUGCCGGAAUCAGGACGAUCAGGAUCGGGUUGAUGCGCUGAAAAAGUACGCAGAAGAACUGGGCUUAACGAAAUCCGUGGAUUGGCAAUUGAACGUAAAGUCUGACGAGCUCGAGCGAUUACUGCAAAACUCGCUGAUAAACCUGCACACGAUGCGCAACGAGCAUUUCGGGAUUGCGGUCGUUGAGGGCUUGGCAUCGGGCUCGAUUAUGGUGGCGCACAACUCGGGUGGACCGGCGAUGGACAUUGUUGUGCCGGAAGGAGAAGUUGGCUUUUUGGCCGAUACCUGCGAGGAAUACGUGGCGCGGAUGAACGAGAUCUUGGCCCUGGACGGUGAGGUUCGGGAUAAUAUUCGACGAAAAGCCCGCGUUCACGUCAACAAGUUCUCGGAAGCCCAAUUUGAUCAUAGCUGGUCGGCGGCAUUCGCGAAAUUGGUG